AUGAAACCACGAGCCCCUUCUCUCCCCUCCUCGCGAUUACUCCGCACCCUCCUCUCCCGCUCAGCCCUCAAGAAGGUCCUCCUCGCCUUCUUCCUCUGGACACUCCUCGAGUCCCAUAUCAUUUACUACCGCCUCAUCCGCACCGAGCGAGAAGCCCGAGCCCAUCACUCCCUACAAACCCGCCGAGUCUUCAUUGCCAGUCUGCAUUGGAACAACGAGAAAAUCCUCCGCUCUAGCUGGAACGCCGCCGUUCUCGACCUGGUUAACACCCUCGGACCAAACAAUGUCUUUGUCAGUGUAUACGAAAGUGGAAGUUGGGAUGACUCGAAGGGCGCGCUAAGGGAGCUAGAUGAACAACUUGAGAAGACGGGAGUAGGGCGGAAGAUUGUGCUGGAUAAGGAGACGCACAAAGACCUCCUACACAGCACCCCGGGGCAGGAAGGGGGUUGGAUUGCGGUGGGCAAAGAGAAGCAGUUGAUGCCGAGGAGGAUACCGUACCUCUCGAAACUGCGCAACAAGUCUUUGGAACCGCUGAUUGAAUUGGCUGAGAAUGGGACGAGCUUCGACCAUGUGCUGUUUCUCGGAGAUGUAGUCUUCAACACGCAAGAUAUCAUGAUGCUGCUGGAUACCAACAAGGGGAGCUACGCUGCGGCAUGCUCCAUGGACUUCAGCAAGCCGCCACAAUUCUACGAUACCUUUGCGCUGAGGGACUCGGCUGGGCAUGAGCAUGUAACACAGACUUGGCCAUACUUCAGGUCAGGGAAUUCCCGCUCAGCUUUGAUAAACGGACUACCUGCGCCGGUGUCCAGUUGCUGGAAUGGUAUCGUGGCAAUGCCAGCGACGGCUUUCAUGGGGAUCCAAGGACUGAAGUUCAGGGGCGUUCAGGACAGCCUUGCGGAAUACCAUGUUGAAGGGUCAGAGUGCUGCCUGAUUCAUGCCGACAACCCGCAGUCAAGGACGAAAGGAGUAUUUCUCAACCCAAAUGUCAGGGUUGGGUACAAGCCGGAAGCAUACAAGGCCGUGCAUCCGGUGGGCAGCAGCUGGGUGUCGCUGAGCCAGAUCUGGUUUGGGCUAUGGAAGAAUCGGCUGGGGCGGUGGCUCACUACGCCUUGGUUCAAAGAGAGCACGAUACGCAGGAGGGUGGCUCAGUGGGCAGGCGAAGGAGGAAAGGGAGUAGUGCGGGAGGAGAAGGGUGGGUUUUGCCUGAUCAACGAGAUGCAGGUGGUAGUGCAUAAUGGGUGGAAGCAUUUGUAG